CAGCCCGGGGCUGCAAAAAAAAAAAGUGUAUGGGGAAAAAAAAAACAGGGAACAAAGAAAUCAGAGUGUAUUUAAGGAGAAGUCGCCCCACAUCCUGGAGCCGUGUGACUCUCGGCACUGCACACCGCACACUGCUGCGCCAAAAACACCCGUUGCACCUCCAUCCUGCGCGGCUCCGGACGGACGGCGGUGAGGAUGCGGACCUCUCUGGUCGUGUGCUUCUGCGUAUUUGCGCUGCAGUGUUUCCAGAGCAUGCUUGGUGCUCCAGUGCGCGGAGCCGGCAGGUACAAAGCGGCACCGGCCUCUGAGAAGUCCCCGGACCUGAAGAAGAGGGGGAAGGCUCCCCACCUUCAGGGUUCGGUGAAGGAGGUGAGUCCGUCCACCAACGCUUCCAACACAUGGAACCGGCCGCGCUGUGGCGUACCGGACUUCCCCAACCAGAAGGAGCUGCAGUACCAAGGUCGACACCGCCAGAGACGCUUCGUUCUGCAUGGAGGACGUUUCGACAAGAAGGAUCUCACCUACAAGAUCGAACGCUUCCCCUGGCAGAUGGACGAGGAGAAGGUGCGGCGUGUGAUCCGGGAGGCGGUGAAGAUCUGGAGCGAUGUCACACCUCUGACUUUCACCGAGGUCCGCAGAGGGAUUGCCGACAUCCGGAUCGACUUUUCCAGCUACUGGCAUGGAGACAACCUCCCGUUUGACGGUCCAGGUGGGAUUCUAGCUCACGCCUUCUUCCCGAAAACGCAUCGGCAGGGCGACAUUCACUUCGACUACGACGAGUCCUGGACUCUGGGGAACUACAUGGGGACAGACCUUCUGCAGGUCGCCGCCCAUGAGUUCGGGCAUGUCCUGGGCCUGCAGCACUCACGUAAGCCCAAAACCGUCAUGUCCGCGUACUACUCCUUCUCCUACCCACUGAGGCUGAGCGAAGACGACAAACUAGGGAUCCAGUACCUUUACGGAGCUAAACCCCAGGUCCUGCCCCCACCGCCAACCCCGGCUCCAAGGGCUCUGGUCCCCAAAACAGAGACCAACGAACUUAAUCCUGACGCCUGUCAGACGGAUUUUGACGCCGUGUCGAUGAUCCGAGGGGAGCUGUUCUUCUUUAAGUCGGGCUACGUUUGGAGGAUCAGGGAUCCUGGAGGAUCGGCGCGUCUGGAGAGCGGCUAUCCGGCGCUGGCCUCCCGACACUGGAAGGGGAUCCCGACCAAGAUCGACGCCGCCUUUGAGGACAAGUCAGGGAAUAUUUGGUUCUUUCAAGAUGAUAACUACUGGGUGUUUGACGCUGAGAUGCACAUCAGGGGCCCCGAGUCCAUCAGGAGUUUAGGAUUGUCCACAUCCAACAUCCAGGCUGCACUUCGCUGGGGUCACGACCCUAACUACAACAUCUACUUCUUCAAGUCCGGUAGCUACUGGAGGUUCAGUCCCCGUGAGAACCGGGUCGAGUCGCCCCAACCGCGCAGCAUGCAGUACUGGACCGGCAUUCCUCAGGAUGUUGACGCUGCCUUCAGGGACACUCACGGCUUUGCUCAUUUUAUCCGAGGACGUCAGUACUGGAAGUUCGAUCCUGUCGGCAUGAACUCGUUGGAAGGUUACCCACGCUACAUCGGCAUGGACUUCUUUGGGUGCAGGAACGAGUGAGUCUGUGAAGAUUCGCGUACCCUGAUUCCUUUGACGCGAAGAGGAGUUAAUGGAAUAAAAACUGCAGACUCAUGAGGACGAGACGAUUUUUACACCUGUUUAUGCUUCACUGCAUUUAUUGGCACUCAGAUCAAUUUAUGCCUUCUUCUCAGGAAAAAAACCACCUUCCCUCAGAUCUGGCACCUCCUGUGCAGCUCUGCUCGUAUUUAUUUUUGCACAUUUUUGUAUCACCAUGAGCCCGAGACCCUGGAUUCAGUCUCGCCUGAGCCAGAAACUGUUUAACAAACUGUUGUCCUCAGUGUGGUCAGUGUUGGAUGUUUCAGUUUGUGUUUUCAUCAACAACGCACCUCAGCGUGUUUGAAGAGUGACAUCAGACUCACAGCGGCGGUCAGUGGAGGGUUUAAUUCUUGAAGUCAGUUAGCAAGUAGAUUAUAAUUUCCAGUCAUAUUUCACUGUUUUACAAUCAGAACCAAGAAAAUGGGCUUUGGGGUUUGGACGCCUUAAAAGUGAGUCACAGCAAGAAGGUUUUGUAAGGUCCUGCUAUGUUCUUUGCAGAGUCUUAUUGAGAUCUUUGUCAAAUUUUGUUGAUGUCUCUGAAGGGUCAUUUAUGAUCUGUGCAGUCUUGUUGGGGUCUUUCCAAGGUAUUGUUAAGGUGUUUGCAAAGGCUCCAUAAGUUCUGCAGAGAGUAUUGUCGGAGUCAUUGCAAGGUCUUGCGAAGGUCUUUGCAGAGUCUUGCUAAGGUCUUUACAGAGUCUUGCUAAGGUCUUUACAGAGUCUUGCGAAGGUCUUUACAGAAUCUUGCGAAGGUCUUUACAGAAUCUUGCUAAGGUCUCUACAGAGUCUCCUUAAGGUCUUUACAGAAUCUUGCUAAGGUCUUUACAGAGUCUCCUUAAGGUCUUUACAGAGUCUUGCGAAGGUCUUUACAGAGUCUCCUUAAGGUCUUUACAGAGUCUCCUUAAGGUCUUUACAGAGUCUUGCGAUGGUCUUUACAGAGUCUUGCUAAGGUCUUUGCAGAGUCUCCUUAAGGUCUUUACAGAGUCUCCUUAAGGUCUUUACAGAGUCUUGCUAAGGUCUUUGCAGAGUCUUGCUAAGGUCUUUGCAGAGUCUUGCUAAGGUCUUUACAGAGUCUUGCUAAGGUCUUUACAGAGUCUUGCUAAGGUCUUUACAGAGUCUUGCUAAGGUCUUUACAGAGUCUUGCUAAGGUCUUUGCAGAGUCUCCUUAAGGUCUUUACAGAGUCUCCUUAAGGUCUUUACAGAGUCUUGCGAAGGUCUUUACAGAGUCUUGCUAAGGUCUUUGCAGAGUCUCCUUAAGGUCUUUACAGAGUCUCCUUAAGGUCUUUACAGAGUCUUGCGAAGGUCUUUACAGAGUCUUGCUAAGGUCUUUGCAGAGUCUCCUUAAGGUCUUUACAGAGUCUUCUUAAGGUCUUUACAGAAUCUUGCUAAGGUCUUUACAGAGUCUCCUUAAGGUCUUUACAGAGUCUUGCUAAGGUCUUUGCAGAGUCUUGCUAAGGUCUUUACAGAGUCUUGCUAAGGUCUUUACAGAGUCUUCUUAAGGUCUUUACAGAAUCUUGCUAAGGUCUUUACAGAGUCUCCUUAAGGUCUUUACAGAGUCUUGCUAAGGUCUUUGCAGAGUCUUGCUAAGGUCUUUACAGAGUCUUGCUAAGGUCUUUGCAGAGUCUUGCUAAGGUCUUUACAGAGUCUUGCUAAGGUCUUUACAGAGUCUUGCUAAGGUCUUUACAGAGUCUUGCUAAGGUCUUUGCAAGUUCUUGUUAGAGUCAUUGCAAGUUCUUGCUAAGGUCUUUACAAAGUCUCCUUAAGGUCUUUACACAGUCUUGUUGAGGUCAUUGCAGAGUUGCUGCAAUUUUGUAGAGCCUUCAACAAGCUAUCUGAAGUUUGACUCCAGCUAGCUUGGGUCUAAAUAUUAGCAUCAGUUCUAAACCAGGCACCUGUUUAUUUUAUUUUUUCAGUUAGCUGUUCUUUGAUUUAAUUAGCUAAGUUGCUUUAACGGCUGACAUUUUCAUCCCAGUUAGAACAAAGCAUCUAAAAAAAUUACCAUUUAGAUUUUACUUUCUGAUGCUGUUUUAGUUUUUUCCUGCCUGGUAUCAAAACAAGCAGGAAAAAUCACGAACCUUGAGAACAGCAGACGGUUACUUCAGGUCUAACCGUGGCGACGUUGCACGUCAGAUUUCUAUAUUUUCCCGGGAACUCUGUGUGGCUUUGUUUGGACCGGUUCAACUGAUUUUAAUCUCUGUCUGUAGAAGUUCAUAUGUUCUGUUUCUGUGAUUCAUGGUUUCCAAAAACAGGAAAACAGAUCAAGUUGCAUCGCCUGAGGUCCGGUGUUUCUCCUUCAACCUAAGACACAAAUAUGCAAAAAAUCUGGUCCUGGAUGCAAAAACCAGAGUAAAUAUUUAUUUCUCUGCGGGUUUGUUACACUUUUUUUUACAUCUUUGCUGAUUGAGGAGACAUUUGAUUCAUUUUUCAAGUUUGGACGUGAAUUGAACAACAGAGGAGUGACUUUGUUUGCUUUUACCAGAGAUCGUCAUCUAGUUAUGUUCCUAUUUGAACUGGAAUAUUUUCCUCUUUUAAAUUUAAAAUAAGAAGAAAAGUUGAUUCUGCUGCAGCUGCUAAUGUCUGAUCUCACUCUUCUCACAUCAUGGUCGCAGAAGAAGCUGCAGUGCGCCAUCUAGUGGCCGGAACGGACCGUGGUGACGUCACUGCACAACGAUCAAACGGGGCCCUGUGUUUUCUGUUAGUCAGUGAUGCAUUCAGGGACCGCAGCGGUUCUCCACCACUGGGCAAGUAAGUGGUAAACUAGUUCUGGUAAACUGACAUUAAAAAACAUAUAAAAACUAAAAAUUGAAAAAUAAUAUUCUCCUGACUCCAACUGGAAAAAUUCAAAGAUUUUAACAUUGUUAUUUUGAAAGUCAGAAUGAAAUUUGUUUUUGAACUGUUAGCUAUUUGGUCUUAUUUUUCCUGUGCAAAAGUCUUGAGACAUUUACUUUUCAUUUACUAUUGUAGCCUCAAGCUGUCUUCAUUGCGGGGGGGAGGGGAAAUCACUUAAUCGGGUUUUAAAUGUUAUUUUAUGGUUCUCAAAAUAAAAGCAGCAAAUGUUUGAUUGACUAAGAAGAAAACUUUAUUUUAAAUUUGUUAUUAUUUUAACUUUUCAGUCCCUGCAGCGGUCAUCCGUGAUGUAAUCACAGUGGUGUUAAGCUUACUGGGUAGCAGAAAGACGAUCAAUUUUGGGGAAAUGUAAUAAUCAAAUACAUGAUUAUGCUAUAAAAUGGCUGAAAAAUACGUAAUGCUGCUUCGAAGGUUUCAGGGAAUGUCAGGCUGCUUUGAAGGAAAAUACGAAGAAAACUCAGCUGGAUUAAGCUGAGAUGCAGCAGUUCAGCAUCACAGAUUGCUGAACUCCUGAUGAAUAAUCUCGGAUUACAGCCUUUCUGGAGAACCGCUGCUCCACAGCUUUGCAUCUUUUCUUGCUGCAGCACUUGAACUCUGAAGUUUCGGCCCAGACCGUCGUGUUCAUCGUCGUUCUCCUCAGUGCAGGACGCUGACGAGUCGUUUCUGUUUUUAUCGUUCAGACUUUGCUGUUUUCCUUACAAUCUGCUGUGUUUGACUCAGUUGAUCUCAUUUAUCAGACUUCUCCCAACAUGUUUAUGCACAAACAGCAAAGCUUUUUGUACAUACAUGUUUUAAUUCUGUAUAUUCAACCAAAUGUAGGCUAUAACCUGUAAAAAUGUAGGAACUAUGUAUGUUUUUCCCUGUUUUUCUGAGUUACUUUGAAUAAAUCUUUUACC